GAUGAGAGCAUGAGCAUGCACGUAGCAGUAGAGAUCGCCGGAGAUGGACUGCGGGAGGCUCGCGCUCGUGGUGGCGGUGGCGGCGGCGGCGAUGGCGUCCUGCGCCGUGGAGACGAGGGGCGUGGCCGCGUCGGGCGCGCCGUCGCCGUGCAUGUACAUCUUCGGCGACUCGCUGGUGGACAACGGCAACAACAACAACAUCCUGAGCCUGGCGCGGGCCAACUACCGGCCCUACGGCAUCGACUUCCACGAGGGCCCCCCCGGCCGCUUCACCAACGGCCGCACCAUGGUCGACUUCCUCUCCGACAUGCUCGGCCUCCGCCCGCCGCUCGUCCCGCCCUACGCCACCGCGAGGCCCGCCGACCUCCCCCGCGGCGUCAACUUCGCCUCGGGGGCCUCCGGCGUCCUCGCCGAGACCGGGAACAACCUGGGCGGGCACUACCCGUUGUCGGAGCAGGUGGACCACUUCCGGGCGGCGGUGGCCGCGAUGGGGAACUCGUCGGCGUUCCGCGGCAGCGCGGCGAGGCUGGCGGAGCACCUGGGGCGGUGCAUCUUCUUCGUGGGGAUGGGCAGCAACGACUACCUCAACAACUACUUCAUGCCCAAUUACUACGACACCGCGCGGCGGUACAGCCCGCGGGACUACGCCGCGCUCCUCCUCCAGGGCUACGCCGCCCAGAUCACCGAGCUCUACGGCCUCGGCGCCCGCAAGUUCGUCGUCGCCGGCGUCGGCCAGAUAGGCUGCAUCCCCUACGAGCUCGCCAGGAUGAACAACGACAACCAGCCCGACACCCCCUCCUCCGUUGGUAGCGAAGACAUCGCCAUCUCCAUCGGCAUCGGCGGUGGCGGUGGCGGUGGCGGUGGCGGUUGGGGUGGCGGCAUCGGUGUUGGGAGAUCAUCGUCGACUUCAUCAAACCCAAACGGUGGCAGCGGCAGCGGCGGCGGUGGAAGCUACAGUGCGACGAACCCGACCCUGACGCCUGCAGACGCCGGCAGUGGUGGCGCGUGCAACGAGACGAUCAACAGCGCGAUCGCCAUCUACAACCGCGGCCUGCUGGACAUGGUGAAGCGCUUCAACGGCCGCGGGCCGCAGCAGCUGCGCGGGGCCAGGCUGGUGUUCCUCGACACGGUGCAGAGCGGCAAGGACCUCGCCGCCAACGCCGCCGCGCACGGGUUCACGGUGCUGGACCGCGGAUGCUGCGGCGUGGGGCGGAACAACGGGCAGAUCACAUGCCUGCCGCUGCAGCGGCCCUGUGACGACCGGAGCGCCUACAUGUUCUGGGACGCCUUCCACCCUACGGAGGCGGCCAACAGGAUCUACGCCGCCAAGGCCUUCGGCUCCAACUCCACCGCCGAGGCGUACCCCAUCAACGUCAGCAAGCUCGCUGCCAUGUGAACGUGCAUGCGCCAUCUCGGCUCCGAAUCGAUCCACCCAAUAAUUUCGUUUCAAUUUAUAUGUGCUUGUUUUAAUGGACUGGUUUGCUGAUAUACAUGUGCACGUUAUGUUAUAACGGCCUAUUGCAACGUACAAAAA